UGAGGCCACAUGCACACUGCAGAUGUUCCUCAUUUGACUACAAUCGCUAGAUCGAACAAACGCUUCACAGCAUCAUGAGCAUGGCCGCUCUUCACGCCGCUCGGGUGAAUCAGGCCGCCGGUGUCGGCUACGCCUCCCGCAACGGGACGGCACAGGGAGGCGCAGGAGCCGUGACAUCACACAGCCAGCAGCUCGGGGGGCGGGCCUCCUUCACAGGCUCCACCUCCUUCACAGGCUCCACCUCCAGCCGGACCACACCCCCUCGCCCUCAGCACAGCAACGCCCAGUGGCGGUGGUCGGCUGACUUCUGCGAGGGCCGGCCUUCGUCCGUCAUCGUGGUGAGGAAGAGCAAGACUAAACCGCCGCCGCCUGUGCGUGGCGUGUCGCUGCUCCGAGAGCAAACGCCGUCCAACCCUCCGUCCAAACGCUACUCCUGCCCCGCCAUCGGGCUCUUUAACCCACCAAACAGCCUCACCCUUCCUUCCUCCUCCUCUCCUCCUCCUCUUGUUCCGCCCUCCGUCAUCACUGGAUCCUCCCCUCUUGGUUACAGGAUGUGUCCAAAUCCCAGCUCCUUCUCCACGAGGGCGGGCGCCGCCAGGCUGUCUCUGCCGCUCCCUCUGCCGCCCACCAUCCCCGAGUCGACCGCUGCCCCCGCCCCCAAACCCAAACCGUCCCGCCGCUCCCACUCGGACUCCUCUGCCUCCCUCAGAUCGCUGGCGGCGCCGCAGGCCGUGCUAACGCUCGAGGACCUCCGCGCCGUGCGGCUCCGCUCGGUCACCUCCGCCGACAGGCCCGCUGAUGUUUUCUCGGAGGGGGACGGGGAGGGCGAGCAGGAGAAAGUGGCAUCUCAGUCCCACAAAGCACCGCCACCCGUCGCAGCCAAACCCGCCCUGCCAAAAUGGCUGACGAACCUCAUGUCUGAGUCAGUCCAACGCCCAAGUCAACCACAAAGUCCUGUUCCAGAUGAAACUAACCGAGAGAAGGACAUUUACACGAGGGUGAAGAGGCCCAAAACGAGAUAUUCACCCCGGCCUGCAGACCACAGCGCCUCAAAAACUGGGCUGUGUCUGGGAACCGGCGGCGACAGGGAGCGACCCACGCCUCGCUUCCCCGGCUGAUGAGACCGAGACUGGGACGGCAGAUCUGCAAACGCCCUUAACCCUCGCUGCCACUGACUCUCAGGGCCUCUGAAUACCUUACAGAUGGAAAUGUGUGUCCUGGGGGCUGGAACCCUGGCCCAUUUGUCUCAUUGCAUAUUUUUUUACUCUUUUUAGAUUCGAUUUUUGGGCUUUCCACCCAACUCCUGUAAAUCCUGAUGGUUGCUGCCACAUUCACGUCACGUAGGAGUUCAAUUUGACAACUCAAGAAUGUCAUAUUCGUUUAAAUCGUAGGUUAUAGAUGUGUACAAAUGUGAAGAGAAGCUUAUAUAGACUGCCUGGGGACCUAUGACCAGUAUUAUUACUAUUAUUAUUAUGUGGAAGUGGGUGAAAUUGUACUUAGGUAUCAAAUCCUGAGUUUCCAAGUAGUAAAUGCGAGGACCAGGUGAACAUUUUUCCCAAUUAGGAAAAUUAUAAUUAUGAUUACAGUGAACGCAACAUUAGAUCAUUUCAUUUAUGCCUUGUUUACCGCCUGAUAACAUCCUCCUGUUGGGGUUUAUUCUGCAACAUGAACCUCCUCGCUGUACAUUAUCCUGCUUAUUAUACAGCUACUUAUCAAGGAAAGCAACGGUUUGGCGUGAAAUAUUAAUUCUGAAAUGAUUUUAUUGGCCUUCAGGGCUCUGCAUCCAGAACAACCAGAUCUGGAUGGCUGGUUACUAAGCUAAGUUACUUUAUUAUACAUUAUACUGUA